AUGCAUAUUCCAGACCGUGCCGACUUUGUGCCUCCGCACCAGGGCCGGAAUGUCUUUCCCAACUGUCCUUUUUUCGGCAGAUUGCUGCGGUUGGCCCACGAUGCGCCUGCGAAGACCAUCAUUGCCGAUGUCAACCUCGACGUCGAAAAGUCUCGCAUCCAGCUGCUAACUGACGUUCUGGAGAUGCGAAACGACCUGCUAGAACGCCUGGGCAAGACAGCGAGAGAUGACCUGGUACGAGGCAGCCGACCCAUUUUCAUCGCCGUGCUGGCUGCUGGAGGCUAUGAGUACACCGUGGGAGUUCUCGGCGUUCUCGCAUUAGGAGCCGUCGUAGUGCCCAUCAGUCCACAAGCACCUCUAGAAGAGGCAUCUUACUUUAUAGAAAAGGCCCAGUGCGUGGCAGUCCUGACCGCCUCAAACCUGGACAGCCAGGGAACCGCCUUGGAAAAGACCGUCAGGAGCCAGCGCAAGAAGGCCGAUUUUUCCAAGAUCUUGAUCGCCCCCUCCCUCCGGCAUUGGAGCCAUCGACCAUCCGAUAUCUCAAUCUCCUCCGACAGAUAUCUAGACGACAACGCCCCGGCGUUCGUGAUCUUUACGUCCGGGACAACGGGGAAACCCAAGGGGGCGGUACACCGACGAGCGAUGACCCACGAAGUCGCGCGCUCCGUAGCCGACCACUACAAGGUGACAGAGGACGACCGUAUCCUGCACCUCAUGCCCGUACACCAUGCCACGGGAGCAUAUUUGUCCUUCUACCCGUUCCUGAUUCGUGGCGCCUGCAUCGAAUUCCGCAGCGGGCCGUUCAGCGCCGAGUGGACGUGGGAGCGGUGGAGGAAGGGUGGCAUUAGCUUCUUCACGGGCGUGCCCACCAUGUACGUCCGGAUGAUGCGCCAGUUCCAGCAAGGCCAGGUGGGGUCUACAUCCAUCGACUCCGCUACGGCUGCUGCAGCGGCAAUGCAAAUACGUGGCAUGCUGUGCGGCACGUCCGCCCUGCCCCGACCGGUGGAGGAAUUUUGGGAGAACCUCAGGGGCGGCAAACGCAUCCUGACGCGCUACGGAAGUACCGAGUCUGGGGCUGUUUUCAAAAUGGCCCUGGAGCCUGGGAACACGCCUUCGGGCUCCGUGGGCACGUGUUCCCCUGGGGUGGAAGUGCGGUUCGCAGACGGUGGUGACGAAGGCGAAAUCCUGAUCAAGAGCCCGAGCAUGUUUACGGGAUACCUCUCCGACGAGCAAGCCACGCGGGACGCGCACGACUCGGAUGGUUUCUACAAGACGGGCGACAUCGGGCGGCGCGAGGGAGAGUACUACUUCAUCCUGGGGCGUGCGUCGGUCGACAUCCUCAAGUGCGGCGGCUACAAGAUCUCGGCGCUGGACAUUGAGCGCGAGUGCCUGGGCCUGCCGUACAUCAACGAGGUCAUGGUCGUGGGGGUCGACGACGCCGAAUGGGGCCAGCGCGUCGCCGCCGCGGUGACCUUGCGCGACGACCAGACGACAUACUCGUACCGUCCCACCGGCAGCGGCACGGCCCUCACACUCGCGCAACUGCGCAAAGACCUCGGCGACAAACUGGCGCGGUACAAGCUCCCGACGAUCCUGCGCGUCAUCGAGGGCGAACUGCCCAAGAACGCCACGGGCAAGGUAUCCAAGAAGGUGUCGGGCCCCGCGCUCUUCCCGGCCAACUAUGCAGAGAUUCCCGAGGUGCAGGUGUGGAAUACGUCGUCCUCGAGGAGAGACACGACGGGGAUGGCGAGGCUGUGA